GCGGAAUGCAGAGCCCUUCCAUAAAGCUUGGAUUCGACACAUGACGCUAUAGCCAGACACGCUCACACGAGUCUCUACCGCUCCCUACUUUUACACCUACACCCCCCGGCCGGCACUGGCACCUUCCAUCUCCCAUCCCGCCUUUGUCCCGUCUUACACCUCUACCUCGAGGCACGUCGACAUCCAGGGAGCUACCUCUAUCUUUCCUCCUAUCCAGAUAGCCGCAAUCAACCUUUUCGCAUACCUCAUCACGGGCAGAGCUAGUCUGCUCGUACAACCUAUCCCUGCGCAUUCCAUACCUAAAAUCAGGCGAGAUUCCAUCCAAUAUCCGGAUCUCUUCCCGAUAGCCCACCUGGAUCUGGACACCGAGACUCAUCUCCUCCGACCGCGACGACUCUUCACAUCUUUGUAGCAGCAGCCUUCAGCCUUGCCAACUAUCCGCGCGCCACCCAGUCCAGGCAAACAUCGUCGUCACCACAUCCAGCACUUGCGGGUUUGCUCAAAUCCCACCCUUUUAGCUUCCCUUUCCUGGUCACGACCCGGCCGAAUACACUCGCCAAACUCCACGCUGGCGGCGUUGUUUCCAACCCCUAUCGCCUGAAAGCUGCGUGAACGGACCCUUCACGCCAGCUUCUCCCCGAACAUCUUGCCAUCCCUCAUCCACCUCUGAUGCUGGUUGAAGCCAGAUAACCCUUGCUGGCCUUCCAUCGAGGCCGAUCAGUCGCCCGGAUAAUAGGCUUUGGACUCGUUAACCCUUGGCCCCAUUAUUGUGCCCCCCCAACCAGCACCAUCAUCGCGAUGGCAAAAAGCCUUUCCGACAUGGUGGAGCUGAUAUCCUCACCCACGGCCGUGAAGAGCCUCGACUCGGAUGUGUCACCUAGGACCCAGAACUCAUCGAAGCCCAAGGACUAUUUCUCGCCGCAACCAAGGGCCCAUUCCAGCGACUCCGAAAACCAGACGCCCGCGGCCGAUUACCGAGCAGCAACCACAUCCCCUACGAGUGGGACCAGCGCCUCGAGGCGCGUCAGCAUCGUCUCCCCUCUUUCCUUGGCCGAUAGCUUUCAGGAUGAGUCUCGGCGGACGUCACAGAGCGGCGGAAGCAGUAGCGAACGCCCUCCUGUCGGAUCUAGAAAAUCCUCCGCCGUAUCCAUAUCCUUCCAGGCUCCACGCCAUCCCGCACUGCCGCAAGGCAAGCCCCGAAAGACCGACAACAGACGGCUGCGUGCGUCAUCGCCUUCCCCUGUGAGCUUGCCCCAUGGCCUCCCCCAUCCCGUGGACCCUGUCAUGGCUCGUUCUCCCCUUUUCAGCGAUGGACAAUCGGCACCUCAGUUGGCCGUGCUUCGCAAAGAGUCAAUUGUCGUGGCAGCAUUGGAGUAUGUCACAAGCGCAACAAAACGAGCCCGACUAGGUGUCGUCUAUGCAGUCGACAUGUUGCGCCGCAUUGGGGAUUGUCUGGGCUGA